AUGUUACCUCCUCGAAGUGCCGUCGGUCGAAUAUCGAGUCACAUGCGAGCGACUCAUCUACCUCGGAUAUCCUGUACCAACGUUCAUCUUCGACCAUUCACCCAUCGCACGCGCCUACUACUUCUUUCUCCGGCGCUGGGUCGUCCCCAAUUGCCCUUCCUAUCACCACUUGCGCCGACCCGUCCACUCCCGCCGCUAUCAAUCCAUCUCCGCCAGCAUUUCGGUCGCUUAAUAUCUACGGAGAGCCGGGAGCAUUACAAGCGAAGGGUAUCCCGAGGCGUCAAGAUUGGCCUAUCGGUGUCCGUCAUCCUCGUCUUAUUCUCCGCAAUACAGCUCGGUGUUUACCAAGAAGACAUCGAACAUAUUUGGCCCACCCCACCGGAAUGGUCUUGGAAAAGCCGCUGGUGUCUGCGAUCCGCGCAGGCACUGCAAAAUCCGGAGCAAAUCGGCAAGCUGAUGACGAAUUGGCCCAUGGUCGCUGGGUAUCUUCGUGAGCUGCUGGAGCGUCUGGAGAACCUAGAGGGUGAAGGCAAAGGCCUUGUCGAACAAGAUGAGGGUGGGUUCCUGGUUGAAGGCGUCGGCCGUACUGGGUUCGAUGUCUCCGCAAAGAGUGAGCCUUGGCGCCGCGGAUACUUCCAAGCCUUGAUGGGUGCUGCUAAGGCUGCUGAGAACCUGGACGGCUGGCUGACAGAUCGAAAGCAGAAGAUAUCUGCGCCUGCGGAGUAUGUUGUUGGACCCUCAAACCCUCGACCAAAGCCCAUGCCCGCCGGCCAGAAGAAGGUACCGCGGGAAGAAGAUUGCGAGCAGGCGUCUCCGUCUCCGGAGCGUUUCUAUAUGAAGGUUUUGACAACCAAGGGAUUUGACACAAGGCAGAAACUUGAUGCUGCCUUGGCCUAUGCUGAUUGGCUUGAUUUUAAAGGCUUGGGGCACACGGCGGGUGAUAUGUAUACAUGGGCCUUAGACAUUGCUGCAAGUGGGCUGGAAGGAGAUGCUGGAAAGUUUGUGGAUUUGAAAAACGGGUUUUUAAAAGAUAAUAGCGGAAAGCUACCUUCAGAGAACAUCCUCCGGGUCUCCACAGCCCUCGCCGUCCACAACGCUCGUCAAGGCAACCUUCCAACAGCUUUGUCCCUCUUCACAUCGAUUCUCAAAGCCCGGCGCAGCCUCCCUUUGUCGUCAGACUCCGAUAUACCCCUCUCUGUUCCAACUAUGCCUAGAUCUAACAAUGACCCGUUCGCUUCCCUCUUCAACUCGCUCAGGAAUGUCCUCAUCCCCGUGGAAUACCCAGCUCCUCUCCCAUCGGGCGACGAACCUCCACGCCGCACCACAGCAUCCGCCUGCGAAGAAGCAGGAUUGAUGACCUACAUUGGCGAGAUCUUGUAUGCCUCCUCGUCAAAGGAAUCUGGCCUUGCCUGGACGCGCGACGCAGUCGACAUGGCCGAGUCCACGAUGCUUGACCUCGGAAAUUCAGCUGAUCGCACUGCUAGAGCUCGCUGCGCACAGUGCCUGAAAGUUGGGCUGGAGAAUUGGAAAACCAUGGUCUCCUCAUUUGUAACCCGUGCUCGACAAGAGGAGCAAGAGAGCAGGGAUCAGGCCAAGGGUGCUUGGUUUGGUGGUGAGCGCCGCGCAGAGGCGAAGUGUCUUGAUCGUCGGCGUUGGGAGGCUGAAAAUGCUAUUCUUGAGGAUCGGAUUCGUCGUCUCUUCCCUCUCCUCGAAGGUGAGUCUGGCCUGGAUCUCCUCGCUCCAAAUAGUUCUUUGUUUGUAUAG